AUUUCCGAUUAAUACAUGAACGCGGCAUUACACUUCCAGGCUACAGAACUGAUUUUGUUGUUGUUGUUGUAACAGUUGUUGUUAUCGUAUAAAGCAGUAUAGGAGUACACAUUCAUCACUUCACUUUCACGGACAGGUUUGUUCAGUGCCUAUCUAUUCAGUGUUGACCAACAUUGAUUAGCCACACCUUCCCCAUGUUGCACUGGCCAGAGAGCCACCAGGUGGCUAUGGUGUCAGUCCUGCUGUGCUGGUUGACCCUGUGCUGGUGCAGCCCUGACCCUAGGCUCAGAGAGUCUCUGAUGCACCAGGAGGCCUCCCGGCAGACAGGGGGCAGACUGCUGCUGACAGAGGCAGAGCUGCGGCUCAGUGCACAGCUGCACAAACUGAAGGAGCAGGAGAUGAAGAGCUCGGACUUCCCUCCUGCCUUGCACUUCUUCAAGGCAAAGCCACUCAUCCAGCGCAGCCUCAUCUACAGCCUACUGCAGAGGAUGCCCAAAGGAGCAGCACUUCAUGUCCAUGACUUCUCCAUGGUGGGAGUGGAGUGGCUGGUAAGGAAUGUGACAUACCGGCCACAUUGCUACAUGUGCAUUACAGAGGACCAGUCAGUUCGAUUACUCUUCUCCUCUGGUCAGCCCAAACCAAAACCUCAGUGCUCUUCUUGGAUGCUGCUGGAGACCCUGAGGGCCAAAACAGGCAAUACCACUGACCUUGACAAUAGCCUCAUCCGCAACCUCACACUUUUCACUGAGGACCCAGAGGCUGCCUAUCCCAGCCAAGAUGUCGUUUGGAAAAGGUUUGAGCAGGCGUUCACUUCGGCUUGGGGACUAGUCACCUACGCUCCUGUGUUCAAGGACUAUUACUAUGAGGGCCUGAGGCAGUUCUACAUGGAUAGUAUCAUGUAUCUGGAGCUGAGGGCUUUGCUUCCAGAGACAUACGAGCUGGAUGGGAGCACACAUGACAGUGCCUGGGGCCUCAAGACCUAUCAGGACGUGACCAGGCAGUUUGUGUCAGAGCACCCAGACUUCCUGGGAGCUCGUGUCAUCUUCACUGUGCACAGGCAGCUGAAUGCGUCAAUGGCAUGGAAGGCAGUGGAGGAGGCUAUGAACCUACAGAAAGUCUUUCCAGAGAUCAUGGCUGGAUUUGACCUAGUGGGUCGGGAAGAUAGUGGAAGACCCCUCUGGUACUUCAAGGAGGCCUUGUCUCUGCCAGGCGAGAGAGGAGUCAACCUUCCAUUCUUCUUCCAUGCAGGAGAGACUGAUGAAGAGGGCACUGAUGUGGAUGGGAACCUACUGGAUGCUUUACUAUUCAACACGUCUCGCAUCGGCCAUGGCUUUGCCCUGCUGCGCCACCCCGUGGCCAAGGCCCUCUCUAGGAGGAAAGGGGUGGCUGUAGAGGUGUGCCCCAUCUCCAACCAGGUACUGAAACUGGUCUCAGACCUGCGGAAUCACCCAGCUGCUGUUCUGAUGUCAGAGGGCCAUCCCCUGGUGAUCAGUUCAGACGACCCUGCCAUGUUUGGAGCUUCUGGCCUCUCCUAUGAUUUUUACGAGGCGUUUGUGGGUUUAGGUGGAAUGAACUCUCACAUAGGAACUCUCAAGGAACUGGCCAUGAACUCCAUCAGGUACAGCUCUCUGUCGCCACAGCUGAAGGAGAAAGCAUUGGAUUUGUGGCAGAGAAAAUGGGACAAGUUUGUCUCAGAGAACUCACAAUAGAGUCCUGCUGGAACAGAGGAGUGGUCAUUCGGACGCUAACUGUGACAGUGGGAUCACCCCAGUCUGUGAGCCUGUUGCUUGUGCCCCAUAGGAAGGGAAUGAUAUUUGGAAAUGUUGUUCAAAAUUCAGACAAGGGAAAGGAUGUAGGUGUUAUUGAAACAUCAUCUUUGGUAUUUUUCUUUGCCUACGAUGCUGUAGACAGUUUGGCAAAUUAGGGUUGAGAAGGAAAAAGAGAACAAGUUCAUAUUGCCCUCACGUGGAUAGGGUGUGUAUAACACUCCUGUAAGAAAUCAAUCAGGAGACCACACUGCUGUCACCUCCUACAAAAUGGAGGCCCCUGACAGAAGUUGAGUUUACUAGUCAAGGAGUCAUGAAGGAAGCUGUUUUUUUUACACAAAGGCAUUUGAUCAUUAUUAUUUCAGUUGCAGAGAAUUGUAUUUGCACUGUAAUUGUGAAUUCAAGGAGACUCUACAUGGUAAUAGAGCACAGUGAGAAAAAGCUUACACCGAAUGAACUGACCAGCUAGUCUUUUAAUAGCAUUUUAUACUGGUAAUGUGAUUUUAAUGGAGAACAUGUGCAUUUGUUUUGUACAGAUUUUUAUUAAUUAUACGGACACAUUGUGACAAAUGCAUGCAGAACAGUAGGCAAUGCCUUAUUCAUAGACACACUUUUCUAUGAAGACGUUUUUGAUUGUAUUUUUUUAGUUGUGAAAUAGUUUUGAAUUAAGGGAAGGAAAACAUCA